CCGAAUAAAAACCAAACGAACCCCAUUCAAAGAUUCCAACAACAAAACCAAUCUCUCUUUUUCAUCUUCCCCUUUGAUUUUCCUUCUAUCAAUGUCGAAGUUGAGAUCUGACCGCAGGCCGCCGCUCGCCAGAUCGCCCUUGCGCCUCAGAUCUCGCCGGGUUCUGCAAUCCAACUCAACAACCACGUUGCAAACGCCGCCCGGUUCUUUAACCAAAUCGCAGAAAACGAACCGUCCUUCGGAUUCGCAGGAAUCGGAGCUCCGACCUGAGUAUCGGACGAUUUCCUGCGAGCUACGGGCCUUGGCAAGCAUGGUUCGGAUGGAAUUAGGAUGUGAGGAAUCUGAAAAUGGCGGAGUAGGCGAUCAAUUGAGCGUAAAUUCGAGCGCUCUGUUCGAGAGGGGGAGGUUUUACGAGGAGUACUCCGCCAGGAGAAACGAGAGGCUGAAGAGGAAGAAGGCCGAAACCGUGGCCGAGAUCAAGACUCCAUACAACCUCGGCGUGACGGUUGAAUCUUCGAAGCGACACAGUUCGAAGAAGCAUGCGGAGAGUUUGAGGAAAUCAGUUGCUGCGGCUUAUUCUGUGGAGCGGAGCGAGGCGACUCCGAGGUAUAUGCUGCGGAGCAUGACGAAGGAAAACAAGAAGCCGCCAUUGCCGCUGAAUCCAGAGAAAUCCGCUGCUGCCGCUGCAGGAGAAAGAAAAGCGAGUACUCGAAGAGGCCGAAGAAUCUGAAGAAUUAGGGAUCAAAUCUGGACCUCAGGUCGAAUUCUUGCUUUCCUCAUUCCGUAAUCUUUCGUCUUAAAUCUCUGAUCGUUAUGGAAUUGGAUUAGUUUUAGUUAUUGUUUGGAUUUAGAUUUUGAUUUGGAUUGGAAUGAACUGUAAAUGUUGGGAUUGGCUCUAGAAUUUUCCAAUUCGGAAAUAUCUGCCCAAGUUUCUCUCUCGAUUACAUUUGCCAUGAUGGAAAGAGAGAGGCAGAGAGCAAUAGCUUUUACUUUUAGGGCUCCUCUUUCUGAGAUUCUGCAAAUUUUUUUAGUUUUUGUUAUCAUUUUCUUUUUCUUAUGUUAGGAAGGAUUUGAACUGGAACAGAAAAUUCUAGAAAUUGAAUGAGAAUUCAAUAUUUUUAGGGUUCUUUCUUAUGGGAAUUUUGUGCCCAACAAAUCCAAACUAUUUUGGGGGUAAUAAGACGAUGGAAUUUGAA